GGAAUAUCCAGAUUUUUAUACAAAACUAUAUGCACUUCUGGAACCUAACAUUUUUCAUGCAAAGUACAAACCAAGGUUUUUUAUUCUCCUGGACAAGUUCUUAUCUUCUUCACACAUUCCAGAAUACCUUGUUGCUGCAUUUGUUAAACGCUUAGCGCGUUUAACUUUGGUAGCUCCAGCUCCAUGUCUAGUUCUUGUUCUUAAGUUUAUUGUAAACCUACUUCUGCGAUUUCCAGGAUUAAAGAAGCUGAUUCAUAAUCCAUUUGUAAAAGGUAUGGAAGAUGAUCCCUAUGAUGCUGGUGAACCAAACCCAGUAAGAUCAAAAGCUACAGAAAGCAGCUUAUGGGAGAUUGCUUCUCUACAAAAUCAUGUACUUCCA